UAAUCUUUGUCUUUCUUUAUCCAGGGACAUCAGUGUAUACAAUGUCAAGAGAAGAACUUGGGGAAGACCUGGAGACGAUAAAGCGCCAGCAAGCAGAAACGCGUCUCAGACUUAGCUUAGCAAAUAGACACAUAACUACAUUAUAUUCGCAGGUGCAAGAUUUGGAAGUACAAUUCAAAACUGCUAUUAAGCAUAAAAAACACUCUGCAAGGUAUAAUCUACGGCAGAAGCUAGCCGUGAUUAUGGGCCUGAAGAUUGUAUAUCUUAAUUAUUGUGCUGCCAAAUCACAGGAACUAGAAAGGAUUAACCAGACUCUUGACCGCUUCACUGGCCGUCAGGAGGAGGCUAUGGACACAGACACAAAUGAGGAACCUAGUCUUUCCAUGCUCGAGAUGUAAAGUGCUAACAACUUGAAGAUUUAUUUUAGUGUAUUCUCGUCUAUUUCUAAUGUUUUCAGAUGUGAUUAAGAGAAAGUGUUAUAUCAUUAUAUGAAUGAAUAUUUUGUUGUAAAGUCAGGGUUUCUUCACCAAGGAAUUACAUCUGUUUUGUUGUAGCAUAUUACAAUAUAUAUAUUUAUUUAUUCUUUGGUGCGUAUUCUUUUUUUUUUUCUUUUCUUAUGUAGAGAAAGAAGUUGCAAAAAUGGUUGAGUCAGAUAGUGAGUAUGAGGAAGAAGAGACUCUGGUCUUGGUAGAACUUCAUGGAGUCAUUGAUUCUGAGAUAUUUGCACAAGAUUCCUUUGACAAAUUCAAGAUUCUUGCAAUCGAGUCGGAAAGUCCCAUCCUGCAAGUUGAGAACUUUGUCUUCACUGGGGAGUACGACCACACAAUGGGAACAGCUGUCUUCUUUGAGGAAGAGGAAAAGAAAGUGAAAAAGUGUGAUCCAGUGUUCUGCAAGAAACCCACCCGAAUGCUCAAGUAUGUAUGCAAAACCAACAAGAAACUCAACAUGAAACGGGUCUUUGUCUCUGAAAAAUCAGAGGGGAAUGCGGUAAAGUUGAAAAUGGAGCGAACGGAGGAGGGAGAGAGUGAGGGAGCAAUGGAUUUCUCAGCAGAAGAGGCAUCGGGAGGGCUGGAGCCUGAGAACGGGCAGCUAGAUGGAGACAGCGAAUACUCAGGUGGACUUAUAUCAAAGGAAUAAUGGAUAUUCUCUAUUAACAUGUAUGUAUUUCAAACCUUGGUAAUGAAGGGAAAUAUUUUAAAGGAAUAUUUCUCUGUGCUUGUAAUUUGUUUCAUGUCAUAUACCAGAGUUUGAGAUGUGCUUUAUUUAUUGUAUCUUAUUUUUAGUUUUGAUUUAGUAACUAGUAAUAAUGUUUUAUUACUAAGAGAAAUGUACUCAUAAUGCAGAAAUUCCUAUUGUGUCUUUGCUCUAAUGUUGUUGACACAUAGAGUACACUCGGUUUACUUUAAAUACUCUUUACUUCCAUCAUGUUCAUCUUGUCUUUCUAUCAGUUUACUUUCACCCAGAAUUACAUAAUUUCCAAUGUAAGAUGUCAGGCUGAAUUAAUGACUAUUCAUUAAAUGUAGUUAUACAUUAUGUUGUCUGUAAGAUCUAAAGUCAUAAAAAUUAGCACUUAC